UGGUCCAGGGAGGGGACACGUCGGUGUCGCCAGCGACGUCACAGGUUCGCCCGGCCCGCUGGCCUGUCAUUGGCCGCCGUGGCUGCUGACGCGUCGCGCUUCCUCGUCGGCCCCGCGUGUUUAGGGGAGCCCGUUCUCUUUCCCUCGGCGGAGAAGAGGCGAUGGCGGCGCUGGCGUCUCUCGCUCCCCUGGUGCUGCUGUUGCUGGCCGGUCUGUCCUGCUGCUCAGCUGAGGCCUGUGUGGAGCCACAGAUCAGCCCGUCAUACUAUACCACCUCAGACGCCGUCAUCUCUACUGAGACAGUCUUUAUCGUGGAGCUCUCCUUGACCUGCAAGAACAGGGCCCAGAACAUGGCUCUCUAUGCUGACGUCAGUGGCAAGCAGUUCCCUGUCACACGGGGCCAGGAUGUAGGACGGUACCAGGUAUCCUGGAGUUUGGAACACAAGAGUGCACACGCAGGGACCUAUGAAGUUCGGUUCUUCGACGAGGAGUCAUACAGCCUGCUGAGAAAGGCUCAGAGAAAUAACGAAGAUGUUUCUGCCAUCCCACCCCUUUUCACAGUCAAUGUCGACCAUCGGGGCACCUGGAAUGGACCAUGGGUGUCCACCGAGGUGCUGGCCGCAGCCAUCGGCCUGGUCAUCUACUACCUGGCCUUCAGUGCCAAGAGCCACAUCCAGGCCUGAGGGGCAAUCUGCCUGGUGCAUUCAAUAAAUCUCUACUGGCUCCUGCUUGUGUCACCCGCCUCCGGCCUGGGCAGAGCCGGGCCACCA